AUCUUAACGGAGCGAACUCUCUCUCUCUCCAUCUAAAGAUUCAUUGAGCCAGGAAGGAAAAGGCUUUCAACGCUGAGCUCUCUGCUUUUCCUUUUCUCCUUGCAAACAUGGCUCUCUUAACUGAUCUCAUCAACUUGAACCUCUCUGAUACCACUGACAAGAUCAUUGCAGAAUACAUAUGGAUCGGUGGUUCUGGUAUGGACCUUAGAAGCAAAGCCAGGACACUCACUGGAGCGGUGAGUGAUCCUAAAAAGCUUCCAAAAUGGAACUAUGACGGUUCAAGCACUGGCCAAGCUCCUGGAGAAGAUAGUGAAGUCAUCUUAUACCCACAAGCAAUCUUCAAGGAUCCAUUUAGAAGGGGCAACAACAUCCUAGUGAUGUGUGAUGCUUACACCCCAGCUGGAGAGCCAAUCCCAACUAACAAGAGACACAACGCAGCAAAGAUUUUCAGCCAUCCUGAUGUUGCUGCUGAGGUGCCCUGGUAUGGUAUAGAGCAAGAAUACACCUUGCUGCAAAAGGAUUUAAAAUGGCCACUUGGGUGGCCUGUUGGUGGCUAUCCUGGACCUCAGGGCCCUUACUAUUGUGCUGCUGGUGCUGAUAAGGCUUUUGGCCGUGAUAUUGUUGACUCUCAUUACAAGGCAUGUCUUUAUGCUGGGAUCAACAUUUCUGGCAUCAAUGGAGAAGUGAUGCCUGGCCAGUGGGAAUUCCAAGUUGGCCCUUCUGUUGGCAUCUCUGCUGGAGAUGAGUUGUGGGUUGCCCGUUACAUUCUUGAGAGGAUCGCUGAAAUUGCUGGAGUCGUCGUUUCCUUUGACCCAAAACCUAUUGCGGGUGACUGGAAUGGAGCUGGUGCUCACACAAACUACAGCACCAAGUCCAUGAGAAAUGAUGGAGGGUUUGAAAUUAUCAAGAAGGCCAUUGGAAACCUUCAACUGAGGCAUAAGGAGCACAUUGCUGCUUACGGAGAAGGCAAUGAGCGUCGUCUGACUGGUCGUCAUGAAACAGCUGAUAUCCACACCUUCUCAUGGGGAGUGGCGAAUCGUGGCGCUUCAGUAAGAGUUGGCAGGGAUACAGAGAGAGAAGGGAAAGGUUACUUCGAGGAUAGAAGGCCUGCUUCCAAUAUGGAUCCUUACGUUGUGACCUCCAUGAUCGCAGAGACAACCAUCCUCUGGAAACCAUGAGAGAUCACCACCAUUCUUGCUUCCUGGUUGAUUAUCGUGAUUGUGGGCUAUUGCCUUUUCUUGAUAAAGUUGGUGCCCGGUUAGAACUGGCUUGCCAUUGGAUUGUUAUCUUGGUACAAGAAUUUGCCUCUUCAUCUGGGAAAUUAUUAUUGGGAAUGAUGAAUGCCCAUUGAAAUAACAAAUGAUUGUCCUCUGUUCCCUGAAUUUAGUUGUGUUUUGUCUUUUGCAAUUAAUGAAUCAAGCCCUGCUGCCUCCAUUAU